AACAAACACUAUUUAAGGAGGACAAGAGGGUUACUUUUUUUUUCCAAAGGAGAAGGACACCUACCUUUUCCAGGAGUGAUUUGAUUCAUCAUUGUUUUGUGAGUUGAGAACAAGUGUCUGGAUUUCUACUUGGAAAUCAUUCAACUGGGCAUUACACAGGCCUAUUGUGUGCACUUAUUUAUAACUGGAGCCCGUUCCCCAUCGCUCUCCCUAGGGUUUGUUUGUGUGUGUGUGGGUGUUUGUGUGUGUGUGAGACAGAAAGGCAACGAACUCUGGGGGUGUUAGUGUGCACGUGCUAAACCAUUGCACUGCAAAGGGAGUGAUCCCUCGUUUAUCUGGUAUCAUCCCUCACUCUCCUUGUUUAUCUAUCGUCCCUCACUCUCAACCCUUUGUUCUGAGAUUAAUCAUGGCCUCCUUUAAGACGUGGCUCUUGGGACUGUUCCUAGCCCUGCUCUGCACCUUCCAGACCCCUCUUGCCCCUGGCGUCAAGGCUCAAGACCUGCCGCUGGCCCACCAACAGGAUGUAGUAGCUGAUGACGAGGGGGAGCAUGCAGCGGAGGUAGGGGGAGAUGACGACGAUGACGAUGACGAUGAUGAUGAUGAUAAUGAUGGGGACAGUAAAGAGGACGAUGCGGAUGAUGACGAUGAUGAUGACGAUGAUGAUGACAAUGAUGACGAUGAUGAUGAUGAUGACGACGACGAUGAUGAUGACGAUGAUGAUGACAAUGAUGACGACGAUGAUGAUGACGACGAUGAUGAUGACAAUGAUGACGAUGAUGAUGACAAUGAUGAUGACGAUGACGACGAUGACGACGAUGAUGAUGAUGAUGAUGACGACGACGACAACGAUGAUGAUGAUCAUGAUGAUGAUGAUGACGAUGAUGACGACGAUGACAAAGAUGAUGAUGAUGAUGAUGACGACGAUGACAAAGAUGACGACGAUGAUGAUGAUGAUGAUGAUGAGGAUGAUGAUGACGACGACGACGAUGACGACGACGAUGAUGACGAUGACGACGACGACGAUGACGACGACGACGAUGAUGACCACACAGAGGCUGACGGUAAUAACGACGAUGAUGAUGAUGUGCCGGCUGCAGCUGAUGAUAAUGACGAUAAUGACGACGAUGAUGAUGAUGAUGAUGAUGAUGAUGAUGAUGAUGACGACGAUGAUGACGAUGAUGAUGAAGAGGAGGAAGAUGACGGUGAACUGUAUCACAAAGGAUCCCUCUGUUCAUACUGUGAAUACUGUGAGCACUGUGACACCUGCGACAAGUGCCCAUGUGCAGAGGGAGAUGAGUCUAAGCACUGUGACACCUGCCAGAUCUGCAACUUCUGCUACGUGUGUCCCGUUUGCAGCACUCUUUGCCAACCAGGUGGUUUUCUGGACGAGCUGACUGGAUCAAUCUAUAAGACUGUAGCCGACGUCUUCGAAGCUGACAAAUAAGCUCCCUGCCGCCACCAUGUGGCCAAGGAAGAUACUGCAACCAAGGGAUUGUAUUCACUGUCAUUAUUUUCACUUUUAAUAAGUUAUAAGUUAUUUUUCUGUCUUUUUUGUUGUUGACUGAGAACACCACAAACAUGCACACUGGAUAUAGAGAUAUUGGAUAUAUUGGAUACACAUAUUGGAUAUAAUGGAUAGCCUAUAGAAGUUGUAAUUGAGCUAUUUGUGUAUAAUUGUUAGAUGACAGGUUCAUGGUAUUCUUCUCAGGAACAUGCAUUCAUAUUUUAAAGUCAUAUCUGUGUUUCUUAAACACAGUGGGGUUGUAUGAAAUAAACUAAAAGGGGACGUUUUAAACAUUUGUGCUGUAAUGUUUUUAUGUGCACUGUCAUAUCAAAUGGAAAAUGCAGCUAGAAUUAGGUUAUAAUAGAACAAAGUAUAUUGGCAGAUAUGAGCAAACAUGGGGUAUUUUAUCGUUUCAGCUUCAAUUGGAAGAUUCAUAUUUUGUAAUGGGGAAUAUAAGCAUAGAGUGUAAAUUGUUGACUGUCAUUGAGUAGAAUUUACAGUAUAUACUGAACAAAAUAUAAAUGCAACAUGUUGGUGCCAUGUUUCAUGAGCUAAAAUAAAUUAUCCCAGAAAUGUUACAUACGCACAAAAA